GUGCGACAGAACAGCGCCUACACGCAGGAUAGGAGGGCUGGGAAUGGCUUGCUUGGGGCUCUAAGGCAAGUGCGUGUGUGGGCAGUGAAAGGCUCGGCACCUGUUCCCCCGCCCGCCCACGCUCCUCCGCAGCCGGGCAAAGCUGGGCGGCUCACUGCCCCGCGGCACAGCCGGGCGCAGGCGGCAUGGGUGGCUUCCUUGCGGCUCGCCACCGCCAUGGAGCUCAGCCCCAGGUGCCCGAGCACAGAGAAGCGGCCACGCACGGCCCCAGCCCCGACUCCGCCAGAGGAGGCGUGGGGCGGACGAGGAGGGGGUGAACGGGGCGGGAGGCGCCGCUCUCCCAAGCCCAGCCCCUUGCCGUAGAGCGGCUUGGCGGUGGUGGCUGCUCCCGCUCACCCCUAGCCGGGUUCUUUGUCGGUGGUUGCUGGUGGGGGACUCUAGCGUCAUGUCCUCCCCCAAGAACGGCUUCUACCAGGAGGAGAUCACCAAGACCCUUUGGGAAGUACGGGACCGGUAUCGGGAUCUGCAGCCAGUGGGGUCCGGUGCCUACGGAGCCGUCUGCUCAGCCAUCGAUGGAAGAAGUGGUACCAAAGUGGCCAUUAAAAAAUUGUACCGCCCAUUUCAGUCUGAACUCUUUGCCAAACGAGCCUACAGAGAGCUACGCCUCCUGAAGCAUAUGAAGCAUGAAAAUGUCAUUGGAAUAUUGGAUGUGUUCACACCAGAUGUAACGUUGGAGAAGUUUAAUGACUUCUACCUUGUCAUGCCAUUUAUGGGAACAGACUUGAGUAAGAUAAUGAAGCAUGAGAAACUAACUGAAGACCGAAUCCAGUUCCUGGUAUAUCAGAUGUUGAAAGGAUUGAAGUAUAUUCAUUCAUCAGGCAUAAUUCACAGGGAUCUAAAGCCUGGAAACUUGGCAGUAAAUGAAGACUGUGAACUGAAGAUUCUUGAUUUUGGAUUGGCAAGGCAUACAGACAGUGAGAUGACUGGUUAUGUGGUUACAAGGUGGUACAGAGCCCCAGAGGUCAUACUUAACUGGAUGCAUUAUACACAAACAGUUGACAUCUGGUCUGUGGGCUGUAUAAUGGCAGAGAUGAUAACAGGGAGGCCUCUGUUCAAAGGAAAUGAUCAUCUGGACCAGCUCACAGAAAUAAUGAAGAUAACAGGCACACCAACUCACGAUUUUGUUCAAAAACUGCACAGUCAAGAUGCAAAAAACUACAUCAAAAGCCUCCCAAAAGUCCAGAAAAAAGAUUUUGCCUCGAUCUUGAAGUAUGCGAGUCCUUUGGCUGUAAACCUUUUGGAGAAGAUGCUGGUGCUGGAUGCAGAGAAGCGAGUCACAGCUGCUGAGGCUUUGAUGCAUCCUUACUUUGAAUCGAUUCAUGAUCCUGAAGAAGAAAUUGAAGCUGAGAAAUAUGAUGACACAUUUGAUAACAUGGAUCUUCCUCUAGAUGAGUGGAAGUGCAUUACAUAUAAAGAGAUACUGAACUUCAAGCCACCACAGGCGUCAGAGUCGAAGGAGACUGCGGUGUAAUUGUAUGAUUCUGUCUUUUCAGAACUUGGAAAAAGCAGGAAAGUUGUAAAUGUUUCUGACAUUCCAGGUGUAUAAAACAUUUGUAAAUAAACUGGAUGUGAUCCAUUUCAUCUGCACUGUAAGAAAAAGCAAUGUCUUUUACUCUGCAUGUGGAAGUUCACGCCUUUGGGAGUAUUUCAAAACUAUCCAAAAACUUAUUCCUGCUUACAACUUCUACAGAAGGAUUCAGACUGUUGUUAUGGUGCCAUCCUCAAAAGAGCAAAUAGGACUAAUUCUUCAGCUCAGAGAUAAGAAGCAUGCAAGUUACCACCUCAUGCAAGCUGAGACACAGAAUACGUCAGAAUGUGCUGUAACUGCUCUCCAUGGUGACUGAACUAUAUUGAAUGCAAGAAGUAUUUGCAUGAGUUCCUCUGGAAUAUUUCAUCUUGAGGGCAAUCAACUGCUUCUGCCUGUGACAGGUAGCAUGAAUGCCUAUGUCCCCUGUGCUGUGUGAGUGAAGGAGAACCUAAGCUCCCAGGCAGUUCUGACAGAUCUGGGCAAGAGACGAGAAGCAGAGAAGUGUCAAUAUCCUAGAUAUUUUUUAGGGUACUCAGUGUAGCAGUGCAAGAUUUCACAAAUGCACUAGGUGAACAGUCCCUGGAUAAGGAAUCACUAUCAGGGGGUACAGUAUUUUCCUGUAAAUACAGUGCAGUCUUUUAGACUGGGAAUCAAGGAUUUACAGGGAGAAAUUCUUAAGACUUUCUGAAGUUAUGCAAGCUCUCUAGCAUCUUUGUAUGCCAAUGAUCACUGAGAAAGUACAUCUUCUCAGAGGACCUGGUUAUAGAAUUAGCAGUGCUGAAUUUAGAAAGGAAGCUGCAUGGAGGUUACAAUAUAGAAAAUAAACAGAGGAUAAAAAUGUUGCAUUGCAGCUGUUCACUGGGGGUACCUGUAGCAAGCUGUUUUGUUCACAAUGUACAGAGGUGUUGCCAGAUGCAGAAUAGCAACCAUUUCCUUUUUUAGCCUUUUCAACUUGUCUUACUUGGAAAAACGCUCAGACCUUCUGUGAAGAGAUGCCUUACCAGAGGAGUUGGCUUCCUGAUGGGAUAAAUUGGUUAGACGCUUCUUGAGUUCUUCCUACUGUCCUCUUAGUAUAUUUUCCUAGGUGCUUAGUUCAAAAUAAUCUGUCAGGAAAAAGAAACUGGCAAACCUUUGAUGAAGUAUUUCUUUGUGAGAUGGCUUGUCCUUGUUAAAGUUAACGUCUUUACAAUUGACUAUUUGGAUGCAGAUUAUUCCCAGUGCAAUACGGUGUUGUAUGUUGCUACUAAGUGGAAUCAUUGUGAAGGAAGACAUUCGGACAUGGCAGAAAAUAACUGGAAAAGUAGUAAGAAAUUACUUGUGAUUUUUUGCUUUAAUAACCAAUUUAAAACAAAGCUUAAAUCAAGGCAGUUAUUCUGUUCCUUUGGAUUAAUGUUUAUGUUAAGCACUUGUAGAUAUUAGGAAUUGUUUUAUAAAAAGAUUUAACGAUGAGCAUUGAUUAGCUGAGACAGACAUCUAGAGAGACUAACAGAAAUUUUGAGUUACUGUUGUAUUUGAUAAGUCAUUAAAAACUACAAUUUUAAGAA